ACUAGUGUUGUUUAUCCUGGUAAAUAUAAGUGAACUUUGUGUAAAGUUUUAGUUUCGGUCGAAUAAAAGUUUUAGGGCAGAAAUGAAGCCGGAGUCUGGUGGAGGGUGGAGCCGCUGGCUGUAGAGCAGCAGGCGGGUCCAGCUGUUAUCAGCUGCUUUUACAGCCCGCCAGAGAGCUGCUGUCAGCGGUAUCACAGCCGAACUGUGGACCUGGACCUGGACUCUGCAACACUCAGACCUCUGCAGGUUGUCUUCCGUCUCUCGACCUGAGCUGAGUUUGUGUCUUUACUCAGAGAUGAAGAGGAGACUCCUGCUGGUGUCCAACUCCACCCUGCACGGUGGCGGCUACCUGGACCACUGUCAGCAGAACAUCUCACACUUCUUUGGAAAGGAGGUGAAGAGGGUGCUGUUUGUUCCUUACGCUCUCCAUGACAGAGACGCCUACACCAAGACUGCCAGGGACAAGUUUCAGACUCUGGGUUACGAGGUGGACGGCAUCCACGAGGCCCCGGACCCCGUCGGCGCCGUCCGGAAGGCUGAGGCCAUUUUUAUAGGAGGAGGAAACACUUUCCGACUGCUGAAGAGUCUCUACGACAACAAGGUGGUGUCAGAGAUCAGGAGGAGAGUGCUGGAGGAUGGCGUCCCCUACAUGGGCUCCAGUGCCGGCACCAACGUGGCCACCAUCAGCAUCAACACCACCAACGACAUGCCCAUCGUCUACCCUCCGUCCUUCUCCGCCAUCGGCCUCGUCCCCUUCAACAUCAACCCGCACUACCUGGACCCCAACCCCAACAGCCGCCACAUGGGGGAGACCAGAGAGCAGAGGAUUACCCAGUACCACGAAGAACCUGAUACUCCCUGUGUCCUGGGUCUGAGGGAGGGAUCCAUGCUGCUGGUGGAAGGAAACAAAGCCACAUUACUGGGAACCACCAAGGCCAGACUCUUCACUCGGGGAAAGCCCUCAGUGGAGUACGACCCAGGUAGUGACCUCAGCUUCCUGCUGACACAUUGACCAAUCACAAGGAAGCGGGACAUGAAGGUCUCACCCUUUCAAUAUAUUUUUCUCAAUUAAACAGAAUAAACAUCUUAAAGAAAAA